CGGGGCAACGAGAAGGGCUGCAGCAAACAAGCCGUCGGCUCGGCGCUCGCCUUGGGUACUUUCUCAGCCAGCGCUGUGGUUUUUAAAAGCCUGACCCACUUUCCUCACCACAAGUCAUGAUCUCCUGAUCUUCGAGUUGUCAUCCUGAAGACAAAGUUCUGAAAUGGCCAGUAUCACAGAUAAAGAGGCGGUUCGGGCGGAGCUUGAAUCUGUAGAAGCCGAGCUGGAGGUGUUGGAGCUGCAGAUCUCUGAGCUUCUGGAGAAGCAGUCUUCACUAACCUCCAGGAAGAGCAGACUGUUGAAGCUCCUGGACGGCUCUAACGACCCCUCGCAACCCUCAGGAUCUGGGAAGCCCCCCAAAGCAGUCUUCAGCAAAAAAGACCUUCAGAACUAUGAGGAGUCUGACUUCUCGUGGUCAGAAGAGGUUCAGAAGAAGCUGGAGAGUGUGUUCAAGCUGUCGAAGUUUCGGCCACUCCAGCAGGCAGCCGUCAACCUCGGCAUGGCGGGGAAAGACCUGUUCUUGGUCAUGCCCACUGGCCGGGGCAAGAGCUUGUGCUACCAGCUCCCGGCUGUCUGCUGUAAAGGGUUUACACUGGUUAUUGCUCCACUGGUGUCCUUGAUGGAGGAUCAACUCAUGUAUCUGAAGUCCAUUAACGUGCCUGCUGUGACACUCAACGCGUCUAGCACGAAGGAAGAAUCUAAAUUUGUUAUGGCAGGCAUGAUCGAUACAAACAGCCCCUUCAAACUGCUGUAUGUAACCCCAGAGAAGAUUGCCAAGAGCAAAUUACUGAUGUCUAAGCUGGAGAAGGCCUACAAUAUGGGACUGUUGUCCCGCAUUGCAGUGGAUGAAGUUCACUGCUGCAGUCAGUGGGGUCAUGACUUCCGACCAGACUACAAGCUUCUGGGCAUCCUGAAGAGACAGUUUCCCAAGGUGCCUCUGGUGGGGCUGACUGCAACCGCAACCAGCAGCGUUCUCCAGGACUGCCAGAAGAUUCUGUGCAUUCCACAACCCGUCACGCUCACGGCCCCGUUCAACAGGCCGAACCUCUACUACGAGGUUCGAUUCAAAGAUAAUGACGGCUCGACCAAAGAAAUAGCAGCACUGAUCGAAGGACGAUACAGGGACCAGUCAGGGAUUGUGUACGUGUUCUCUCAGAAAGACGCCGAGGCCGUGUCUGCUGACCUGCAGCGCCGGGGUAUACUGGCACAGCCGUACCAUGCCAACAUGGAGCCGGCGAACAAAAGCCUGGUCCAUCAGCAGUGGUCCAGCAGAAAGAUCCAGGUGGUCGUUGCAACUGUGGCUUUUGGAAUGGGCAUCGACAAGGCAGACGUGAGAUUUGUGAUCCACCACACCAUUAGCAAGUCGAUGGAGAACUACUAUCAAGAGAGUGGCCGGGCAGGGAGAGACGACAGUCCAGCGGACUGCAUUGUGUACUACGGAUUUGCAGACAUUUUCCGGAUCAGUACCUUGGUAGUCAUGGAAAACACGGGCCAGCAGAAGCUUCAGAACAUGGUGGCCUACUGUCAGAACGUGGACAGAUGUCGCCGUGCCAUGAUGGCAGUCCAUUUUGACGAAGUUUGGGAUGAUGAAGAGUGCAACCAAAUGUGUGAUGUCUGUCGGCAUGGCAACGACUACAUCACCAUGGAUGUCACCAAGCAUGCACGCGACGUGGUGGGUAUGGUGGAGCAGGCUGCAUCUCUGGGUGAGAAGAUGACCCCUCUGAAGGUGUGCGAGACCUGGAUGGGUAAAGGGAACGCCAAGCUCCGCAAAAUGACCAAGGUCACGAACCUGUCCCGUGUGGAAGUGGAGGCCAUCGUUGCCCAUCUCUUAUUACAUGGCUAUUUCAGUGAAGACUUCAGUUUCACUCCGUACACAACCUACUUCUACCUGAAGGCAGGACGCAGAGCUGCUCUGCUCAGGAGCGAAAACCACUCGGUCAUGAUGAAGAUGAGAAGAAGAGUGUCUGUGCCCGGCCAGGGGAGUCCAGACGCAGCCUCAAGUGGUGUGCAAGUUGACACUGUGCUGAAGGUAGACAUGUUCGCUCCCCUUAAUGUUGUCAAUGCGGACUUGCAUGGAAAUGCCAAAUUAAUUAAAAUGGACAAGGACCAGCAGAACCUGGAGAAGAAACGUACCCAGAACCUGGAAGAGAACAUUUCUUUAAAUUCACCUGAAUGUGACCGGCCUUCUGUGAUUGAGGUCGACGUAGAGGUCAGCAUUCAAGAAAAGAGCCAUAUAACUGGAGGUGGUGGAUCAUCACAAAGUGAUGAUGGGCUUAAAUUUAACAGCAAGCGAAGGUCGGUGUCCCCUCAUAAGAGACGGCCGUUAUCGCCUCUGAAUUCGGACUGCGUCUGUAAACCCAAGCAAAACCCAAAAUCGGUCCUGGUCAGCUGUCCAUCAGAGGCCUCCAUCAUUUCUGCAGCAGCCCUGGAAGAGCUGUCUGACCUGCGGAGUUACUACAACAAGCAGUUAAGGCGGAUUAACUACAUUUCCCAUGAGCAGUUGCAAGACUCCAGUUCCGGAAUGUUGACCUGCAUCCGAGAGCCGCUGCGAAGUCUGCGGCUCCCCUCGAGCACAACGAUAGCCAGAAGAGCCCGAAACUUAUGGACCCGCGUCAGUAUGAGAAGAAAACUCAUCCAGAGAUGACCGUGCUUAUUCAGCUCCUUAAAUGCUUUUUUUUUUUCUUUUUUUUUUUUUAAAAUUCAUGUUGAACGUAAGAUUGUGUUUUGUUCUGAACAGUUAUGUUUUUGAAGACCAUGUGAAAUUCCUCUUUUCAGGGAUAUUUUGAAAUAGAACUGUACUGUAUACAUGUUGAAACAUUUGAUGUGUGUUUUUUUUUUUUUUUUUUUGUUAAGACUUCACUUAUGUUAUCAGUAUUCAUAAUUAGUUUGACUAAUUUAUAUCUUAUUAGCUAGUACUGGUAGCACUCAACAACAAUAAAAGGGUGACCGAAGAU